AUUUUGGAUAAUGAACCGUAUAGGCGAGGCUUGGUGAACGACGAUUGGUGGGAGGGCGCCGAACGGAACAAAACAAAAAAGAGCAAACGCCAGAGAGUUAGCCGGGCGGCAACCAAGAACGGGAAGUCUAUCAUCAUCAUCAUGAAUUGAUCCUUUCCUUCCAGAUUCUUGUACUCACCCCAACUCCAUUCUUUGUCGCCAUUACUUCUGCCGGAGAAAGAUUCUCCAAUCUCUCUCUCCUUUCCAAAAAUGUCGAUUCAUUGAAACCCCCAACUACCGCUACAAGCAGUGAGUAUCGCGUCACUCCCGCCAUCCACCCAAAAAUAUGGCUGCGUCCUCCGUUCUCUUCUGCAAUCCUCUCUCCGCCCUCCGCCGCCGCCCAACCGCCGUCUCUGCCGCCGGAUUCCCCAGACCCCUCACCGUAGCAACUCCGCUUCCACGCUCUGUCUUCCUCCGCCCUGGUCUUCGUUCCUCUACCAAUCUUUUACUCCGGAGUUCGUCUCCUCCUCGGACCUCCAUCCGCGAUGUCGACUCUCCCGCCGAUGAACCGCCGCCCGUCGGCGAGGACUCUGCUCUCUUCCAAUUGGAGAAUCAAAAGCUCUCAUCCUGGCUCUACUUCUCCGUCAUCCUCGGCGUCGUCUUGUUCCUCCUCAACCUCCUCUGGAUCGACAAUUCCACCGGCUACGGCAAGGCCUUCGUCGACUCUCUCUCCGCCGUAUUCGACAGCCACGAGGUUGUAAUGCUUAUGCUCAUCCUGGUUUUCGCAACUGUACACAGUGGGUUGGCUAGCCUGAGAGAGGCAGGGGAGAAGGUGGUAGGAGAACGAGCAUUUCGUGUUCUGUUUGCAGGAUUGUCUCUUCCUCUAGCUGUUAGCACAGUGGUUUACUUCAUCAAUCACAGGUACGAUGGGACUCAGCUGUGGCAGCUGCAAUCUGUCUCCGGGUUACACGAAGUCCUGUGGCUAUCCAACUUCAUUUCCUUCUUCUUCCUCUACCCUUCAACCUUCAAUCUGUUGGAGGUUGCAGCUGUGGACAAGCCAAAGAUGCAUCUCUGGGAGAGUGGAAUCAUGAGAAUCACAAGGCAUCCCCAGAUGGUCGGGCAAGUGAUGUGGUGCGUAGCUCACACGGUGUGGAUAGGGAACUCAGUGGCACUUGCUGCAUCCGUUGGUCUGAUCGCACAUCAUCUGUUUGGUGUCUGGAAUGGGGACAGGAGGCUAGCCGCGAGGCAUGGGGAAGCAUUCGAAGCUGUGAAAGAGAGGACGAGUGUAGUUCCAUUCGCAGCCAUACUGGAUGGUCGCCAGAAGCUACCGAAAGAUUACUACAAGGAGUUCUUGAGGCUGCCUUAUCUGACCAUCACGGCGGUGACAUUAGGUGCAUAUUUUGCUCACCCCUUGAUGCAGGCUUCGAGCUAUGGCCUCCAUUGGUAAAAUGGGAAAGUAAGCAACUGUACUUGGAAUGUAGUUGUUGUCCAGCUACAUUUGAUCAUCAUGUAACUAGGCUAGGAAAAGAGGUCUGUAAAAUGUACCAUCUGUUGUAGCAUUUGAUCAUGCAAACACAAAAACACAUCUUGAUCAUCAUCAACAACAACUGUGCAUCAUGCUCCAGGCCAGCCGGGUACUGAGGCUUACACCUCUCUCCCUCAACAGCAAAGGAAGCCCACAAAUGGCAAAAAAAACCUAUUGGCUGAAUUGAAAGCCAAAGAGGUAAAAAUUAUGAAAGCCAUUGGGACUCCUCCACCGAUCAGAAAGUGGCGUCGAGAAGGCACAGCACUGCUAGUCUGUGUGUUCUGAGCUGUUGAGGAUGACCACAACAUGAGACCCACAAAAGAAGAGGGUGAAAAAGCAUAGAAGAAGAAAACUUGAGAAGGAAGGAAAGGAACAAAAACAAUGCUGCAGGUUGGGGUUAUUGCUGAUUGAGGGUGAAGGGAUGGAUUAGUUUAGUCUUCUCCCUGAAUAUACCAGCAGAGGAGCAUGGUGGCGCAGCGGCGGAGGACGUACAUCUUUGCUCGUUGCUCCUUGAUCAAGGAUGCACAUUUCCUGGUGAUCUUGCGGCCCUUCUUGCUUGGUGCAGCAGAGAGGCCAUUAGCAGAGGCAGCAUUCCUGGUGUAAACCGUGAUCUCAGCCAUUUUUGUGCUUUGUAGUGUUGAAGUGACUAAACAGCAGCGUAAAGAAUGGAUGGCAGGAAGAGAAGAACAAACCAAACCCCAAAGGAGGGUGAAAAAAAGGCAAGAUGAACAAGAAGAAGGGUUGGUGCUGUUUGGAGAUGGAGGGUGGAUGGAAUGGUGGUAUUUAUGGAUAUGGAGUGCAUGGGGGGAAAUAGGGUGGGAGGGAGUGAACAUAAGCUAAACCUGGGAAGUUGUGAUUCUUAGGAAAGAUUAAAUAUUCUUUGUAUGAAAAAGAGGUGGAUGGAAUGGAGUGAAUUUUCCAGGAAAGAUCCAGGAUUUGACUUGUUUGUCAAGUGAGGGAAUGAACAUGGUCGCCUUCUUACCAAGUAAUUUUUGUCUUAUGUGUAUAAAUGAAGCUAAAUCAGGUAGAAUUUAUUUUC